AUGUCAGGACAUUCCCCGACGGCAGCUCUGUUGUUGACACCUCGGGGAUCAGCCGCUUCCGGGUGGGUUUUGAGUCACCGUCACAGAGACGGCUACAACACAGCGGACAUUGAAUACUUGGAAGAUGAAAGGAGUAACCCUAGUGGUCCCGCGUGGUCCUGGUGGAUGCUGGUGGUGUUGCCGUUGGAGCAGAAGGCUCAACUGGCCAUACUGGGCAUGAUCUCGCUGAAGGAGCACCUGCUUGCCAUUAGGCGAAUAUUAGUCAUCAUCAUGCAUGAGAUGAAUAGCUGGCAAGAGCUUGUUAAUAGCAGGGAGAGAAACAGUUGA